UGAACUCCUAGUAAGCAAGCAAAAGAAGUCAAAAGUUACCGGUAUAACUUUACUGUUAUACAAAGAAGAAAAAAGAAAAUGGAGGAAUUUCUUUAGCCACUUGCUGAUAUGAUGAUGUCUUCCAACAACAAUAUCAAUAUCUAUCCAAACAUCCUCACUUCAUAACUCUUCACCACCCAAAACAGAGUUAAUAAAAACAGAGUACUAAGAUUAAUUCUGAAUCAAAAACAGAUCUAAAAAGCCCCAAAAACAAAAACAAAAAUAUGGAAGAUUUGAUAGCUCAAUUUAGCUUCUUAUCAAACCAAGCACUCCAAGAUAAGAGCUUUGAUCCUUCAAACAUUGAAGAUUUAAUGAAAUUGUUCGAAAUCGAGGCCUAUAAAUCAUGGGCAGCAAUGGAGUUAGAGUGUAACAGAGAAGAAGAAAGCGCGGAAGAAGCCAUGGAAGAAGCAGAGGCGGAUCUAAAUUCAGCAAUGGAAAGUGCCAUGGAAGAGUUUAGAAGGUUUGAAGAAGAAAUGGAAACUGAAGCAAUGGCUGAAUAUUAUAGCUUGUUAAAUUUAGGUGAAGCUUCUAGAAGGAUGGGUAAAACUAUUGAAACUGCUGCUUAUGUUGCUUCUAAGAAAUAUAUUGAAGGUGCUCUUAAUUCUGCUACUAAUUCUAUGAAAUCUGCUUGGAAAGGGAUUUCUUCUCAUAAAGUUCAUCCUUCUUAAUUAGAUUAGAUUGAUCAUCAUUUUCUAUCAGUGUUAUUUAUGUUUUAAUCUUAUUUUUAAUUAUUGUAUGUAAUAGUAUGUAUGAUGAUUAGUCAAGUGUUUUAUGCUUGAAUUCAAUAAGAUCAAAUCAAACUAUGUAUCUUCAUCACUAUCUAGAUUAAACUAUGUAAUUUUACGCUUCAUCCUUGUAAUUUCGGACUUUUUGGUGUGGUAAUUCGGAUCUAUGAUUAGCUCCCGUUUACAUCAUUUA